AUGUAUGAAAGAGAACCCACGACAAAGAAAAGCCAGGCUCGACUCAGCUCUCUCUUCAGACGCAAGACAGUCAUUGAGGAUAGACAUGAACCUACUCCUCUCAGCUCGCCAGUCCAGGCACCAGUGUCACACUAUCCGGCGUAUAUCGCCGAGUAUCAGUUGAAAUCGCAACCUCAGUCACCAGUAUCCCCUCUUCGACACUCGCAAAGUUCAAGUACUGGAAGAGGCAACUACCGUCCAUAUCCUAAACCUGCUCUAGCUCCAUUUCCAAUCCCGGGGUCAUUGGUUUCCAAGAUUGAGGAGAGAGAGGCAAUGGCCGCAACGAACACGCAGAAUCCCACCAUGCCUCAGUCCCCGCAGUCUCCGAUGUCAAAUCCAGAAGAGACAAAUAGGGUUUCUCUUCUUAGUGGUAGAGACAUGACUGGUUUGCCACCCACAAGCUCUGAUACCUACAAUAUUACCCCCAUCAGCUCCGCCAUAUCGAGACCGAGUGUAGUAUCUACCCUCGACUACUCUGACCAGCAACCAUAUGAAUACACACCUCUUGAAACGGGCUUCAUCAGACUCGUCAGGAUUGCGCCAGGCCACAAAACGAUGAUUGAAUGCGAAAUCAUCCAGGCUCUUAUCACUAAUGUACCUCAAUACGUCGCUGUAUCAUAUACAUGGGGUGACGUUGGCGACACCAGAAAGAUUGACAUCGAGGGAUCUCGCGUGCCUAUUACCGUUAGUCUUUAUGGAGCUUUGGAAGCACUUCGACAAAGACAAUCGUCUGUGCUGGUGUGGGCAGAUGCUUUGUGCAUCGAUCAAAAGAAUACCGACGAGCGCAGUCAAUAUGUUCAGCUCGUGAGCCAGAUUUAUGCCAACGCUGCGUUUGUAGCGAUAUGGCUCGGUCUGGAAGACAACGACAGUUCGAAAGCGGUAGAGCUUCUGUCUAGACUUGCACCACCGAAUUCACAGUUUAUCCCAGAUCAAGAUGUAUCUCGGAUACUGGGAGAGGGCGCUGAGAAUGGAGAUCUCUUGGCCACUGUGUCGUUAUUUGGGAGAGAUUACUGGAAACGACUCUGGGUAUCACAAGAGAUCUUCCACGCAAAGCGAGUUGCUGUUCAUUGUGGAGAAACAUUCCUUCCUUGGCAAUCAUACAAGAGUGCCUCGACAUGCUUUCGUAGACAUCAUACGGAGCUUACUUUCAGGACAAAGGGACCUGAUAUGAGAAGGCCUGAUAAAUUCACUUCCGUCCAGACUCUGAUCCAUGGCGGACCAGCCAGUCUUCCGACUCUCAGCCCUCAUGUCUUGAAUGGACAGAAUGCCCUGCUUCAGGUUCUGAGAGCCAGUCGAAGUCAAGUGUCGACUGAUCCACGAGAUAAGCUGUACGGCAUACUUGGAGUUUUGCCCGCGCAUAUUCGCCAAGGAUUUCGCGUUGACUAUACUCUCUCAGUCAAGGAUGUUUAUACUGAAAUUGUGGAGUUUCUUAUACAAAGCACGGAGAAGCUGGACGUUAUCUGCGAGUCUGUACAUUUCCCGGUCAACACAGGGUCGGCCAAACUGCCUUCUUUCGUUCCAGACUGGUCGCAUGUGCCCCUCACAUUAGCCAUGGGCCACCAAUACGGCUUCCAAGCAUCGGGUCACACAAAGGCAAUUUGUAGAUUCCACGAUGAGCGUUUGAACAAGCUUGAAAUUUCUGGCAUUGAGAUCGAUGUUGUUCAGACCAAAGGAAUGGUUGUGGGAACGCUUUGUAACUUGGGAGACUUUCUAAUGGCGUUUCUACACUGGAGGGCUUUGCUUCUUGCAGCUGUGGAGGGACGAACACCAUUGCAGAUAAAGUUGGCAGAAGAGGCUUUCGUGGCGACGAUAAGUCUUGGUCAGAUAAUCACUGGCUACGACAGAAGUCGCUGGCAACAGGUGUCGUACCACGUCAUAGCGAACCUCUUCCGCGAGCGUCUUCUACAUAUCCCUCUCGACGAUAUUUUACGAUCUCAUCUCGACAUAGCAUCAAGUAUCCCGCCAGAAGCGAGAAGACAGUUUCUCCAGACGAACUUUGGUGAUCGUAUGAUGGGAAGGACUUUUUGUCUUACUCAAAACCGCAGGCUUGGAGUUGGAUCUGGGGCGAUGCUUCCGGGAGAUGUUGUGGUUGUGCCGCUUGGUUGCUCGACGCCUGUAUUGUUGAGACCAGAGGGAACGCAGGGAGAGUACAGAUUUAUAGGUGAUAUUUAUAUUGAGAAUUACAUGUUUGGCAAGGCGGUUGAUCAGUGGCAGGUUGGAGAGAGGGAGUUGAAAAAGUAUGUUCUUCAUUAA